AUGUCAAAAAAUGAAGCCAGCUCCGAUGCGGGCAACCAAAGUGGGCAGCCCUUGCACCCGGCGUGGGAGGGUUCUAUAGAGCUACCUGCCGAAGCGCUAUCACACUUUGGACAACUUCCCGAAAAUCAGUUCACGAGAGAGUAUCAAACUUUGAAGACGAAAGAAUCUGGCCAGUCUCUACCAUUCUCGUUGCCAUUGCAGGCUGCGGGCAAUAACGUGACAGACGGAGCGCAGUGGAGUACCGAGGAGCUCAACCCCAUCAUUCCCCAUUUUGCGGACCCGGAACUGGACAGACAGAGUUCCGGUUGUUCAGUGGUCGAAGAAGGCUCUAUCCUGGGCGAAUCGGGCAGAACUUAUCACGGCUACAAAGAUGGCACCUCUGGCUACCUUUUACCCAAUGACGCCGCGGAGCAGGACCGCCUCGACUUCCAGCACGCCAUGAUGGCUCAUCUCUGGGACGGCCGGCUGGUGCUGGCUCCCCUGCCCCGAGCACCAAGAUUGGCGCUCGACGUUGCGACGGGCACGGGUAUCUGGGCGCUCGAGUUUGCCCGUGCCAAUCCCACUUCCUUUGUCGUCGGCACGGAUCUAAGCAAGAUCCAGCCUACCCCAGACGUGCCCAAUUGCCUCUUUGAGAGAAUGGACGCCGAGGACGAUUGGCUGUGGACCUACAAGUUUGACUAUAUCCACGUCCGAAUGAUCUUGGCCGCCAUCCGAGACGCCAAACGUCUACUGCAGCAAGCCUUUGAUGCAUUGAGUCCCGGUGGUUGGAUUGAACUUCAGGAUGCCGGAAUGGACCUCCGCAGUGAGGAUGGGCCGCAAAGCGAUGACCGUGUUGCGACUUCUUAUCUCAGGCAGUGGUUCGAUCUGCUUGCCAAGGGGGCAGCAUUGCACGGAAUCGACCCCUACAAAACCGAGCAUUACGCCGAGUGGCUCAAGGAGAUAGGCUUCGUAGAUGUAGUGGAAGAGAAGUUCAAGGUGGCCUGUGGCCCCUGGCCUUCGGACAAGAAGGCCAAAGUGGUCGGGCAGUACAUGAGAGUCAACUAUCUCUCAGGAAUGCGAGGCGCAGGAUACAAAGCACUGCGCAGUACCGGCAUGACACCGGAAGAAGUCGAAGACUUCUUCACAGCCGCGAGAGACGAGGUCAAGAAUGGCAACAUUCGAGGAUACACACCCUGGUGA